AUGACAUUUGACGCUAAUGGGAUGUAUGCCUCUGCUAUGACAGAAGGUGAAUAUCCAAAAUCUGAAAGUGCUAGAGCAUUUUUACCUGAGAAAGAAAAAGAAUUUGUUAAGCUAUUUAAUGAAGAGAAAUUCAGACCUAGAACAGCUAUUUUAAAAGUCUGUUUUGAAUAUCCUACUAACAUGUUCUUUCAACCAAUACUUGCUAAAGAUAAAAUAACUUUUACGAACAGAAUAGGUAAGAAGGAAACUGGCACUAAAAUCGGGUUUAGAAAUGGCUUCUGUUCAGACGUUUUAACAUCGGUUGACAUUCAAGAAGUAGUUAAAGCCGGUGGUAAAAUACUCACGAUAUUAGAUGGAACAGUCUAUGAAGAAAAUUUUAAAACUCCACCAUAUAGAGAUUACAUUUUAAUUUUGAAGGAAUUAAGGAAUAAAUACAAAAAGGAAGGGGAUGUGGUUGCUAGUAACUGCGUGAAGUUGUUAGAUGGAUUUUAUAAAUCGGAAAUAUACCAUACAGAUACUGAUAGUUUAUACAUUUCUUCUAAAAAUUGGGAUAAAUUAAAUAAAAUUGGAUUGGUAUCUGAAACUGAAUAUUGCAAAGGAAAGAAUGACUAUGGAGAUGGUGGAAUUAUUUUUGGUAUGUAUUUAGCAUCAACAGUUAAAUAUAAUAUCAUUUUGACUUCUGAUGGUGUUUUAAAAGAAAAGAAAACGUUUAAGGGAUACUCUAACUAUAAGAUUAAGGUGGACGAUUAUGUUCAAUUAGCUAGCGAAUAUGAUGUGACGAAUGAAUUUGAUAAAUCACGGGGAAAGAGUUUUACGGAUGGAAUAGUUAUUCCUAAUGAAAAACAAACUAAAAAAAUUAAGAAGUUAUUUGAAUUUAGUGAAGAGAAAAGCACCAGAUGA